AUGUUUGUCUUCAGAAUAAUACGACAUAGUAAACGUUCAAAUUCAACAAUCACCCUCAUAAUAGUUACAGUUUGCUCGUUUCUGUUUACUGUAUAUUUAUAUCGUCAACGUUCAACUCGAAAUAUUCCAUCAUCGAUCAUUGUAAAAUCAGACACGUUAGUUUCUUCAAUUGCUGUAACAACAGAAAAAAAUAUCUCAACAGAACAAUCUCUACAUAAACAAGAAUCAUCAAAGACUAUUGAAACAAAUGCUUUUGAUAAAUAUUCAAGUGAGGAACAUCUUCUUUCACUACUUACUCAAUAUUCAAAUACAUUCAAACAAGUUAUUAUAACGAUAAUUGGUGGUGAUAGUUAUUCAUUAUUUGCUUGGGAUUGGUAUGAAAGAAUGUAUGAAAUAUCAAAUAUUACAAAUAAAUGUCAUUGUUUUGUUGUUGCUAUGGAUGAAAUUGCUGUUAUAUUAGCUGUAAAACAAGGUGUACCUGUAUAUUAUUCUACAUUUACAUUUGAACAACAGAUGAAUUGGAUAAAUAGUAUCGAAGCAAGACAACAUUCUCUAUAUCGUGUUGGUCAUGCAAAAUUUGAUACAACUGCUAAGAUCAUACGAAUGGGUUAUUCAGUUAUUUUAAGUGAAAUGGAUGUUUUUUGGAGAGCUAAUCCAUUAGAUCAUUUAAAACAGCCAAUUGAUGCAUAUGAUCUGCAAAUAAGUGAUCAUUUCGGUGCACAUCCACGAGUUAAUAUCGGUAUAUUUUUUGUUCAAUCUACAAAUAAAUCGAUAGAAUUCAUGUCUUAUGCUGCCGAUUUUUGGUUACGGUAUGGCAAAGGUGCUUAUUUAUCGGAUCAACGUGUACUUGAUGCUUUAUUGAAAAAUUAUGAUCAUAUUGAUAAAACAUAUUUACAAGUACUAAAACCAAUUCCAUCAUUAAACUGGACAACACACGUGUUUGGAUCUCAUUUUUCACAUUUGAUGACGGAUGGUAGUGCUUUUACAUUAUUUGAUCGUGCAGAACAGCUUGGAAUACGAUCAAAAAAAUAUUAUGGUGAUCAAAAUACAAAAUAUUUUACAGUAACAGUCUCAAAUACUGAUAUGACAAUUAAUAAUCGAAAUCUUCUUAUUCGUGCUUUACUUAUCUUACAACAUACACAUCUAAAAAAUCGUAUACUUAUUUUACCAGCUUUUUCACAUAAUUUAACUACUAUUAAACUUAGAUCUCAACUUGAUGGGAAGAAAUUUCUUCUUUAUUGGUCUGAGAAACAUAUUCGUUUACCAAUUUUUCUUCAUCAUCCUAAAACUCGUUCAAUACCUGUUAUAAAUUUAACAUUAUCAUCGAAUAAAACAUAUGAAGAUAUAAAUGGAAUAUUAAAUUUUACUAUCGAUUCCAUACCACUUAAUUUACUAGCACCUUCACCACAAUUUGAAGUAUUUAUUCGAGAUUCUCUUUUAUGGUGCUCACCACCAAUCGAUGGUGGUACAGGAUGGUGUAUUCAUCAUCCAAGAGAUUAUGGUGCAACAAUGGAAAUAUUAUUUGCUUGUCGAGGUGAUCCAUAUCCACCAUGUGCAAAUAAAACAGAAAAAAAUGAACAAUUUCUUUAUCGACCAUAUGAAUAG